CAUCCAGCUCCAGUCCGACGACGGCGGAGGCUCCACAGAUCAGCCGAGCGAAGAAGAACCACGGCCCCCUCCUCAGCUCGACUCAAUUCCCGGCGUGAAAAAACGGAGAUGGGCUCCGUGUGAAUCCGGGCGGUGGAGGGGAGAGGAGGGCAGGCGGGGGGUGGGGGGGAACGACGACGAGAGCGUGGUGGGGGCAGAAACACCCAUAAAGAGGACAAACAAAAGCACAGCCGAGGGUGCCUCCAACCAUGAGCGGCGCGCACUAUUCGCCGGAGCUGCGGCUGCCGCUACCGCGUUCACUACGCCCGCCGACCAUGUCGUGAGGUGUGGCUCGGGAACACUCCGGGGAACCUGUCAGCCGAAACGACACGCCGAGGAGAAGGAGGAGGAGGUGGUGGUGGGGUGGUGCUGGUCGAAAAGAUGUCCGCCUCGGUGGGGCCCCAGGGCGGCCCUCGCCCACCCACCGUGCCGCCGUCCAUGCCAGAUCUGCCGGACCUUAGCCACCUCACCGAGGAGGAAAGGAAGAUAAUCAUGGCAGUGAUGGCUCGGCAAAAGGAGGAAGAGGAGAAAGAACAAGCCAUGCUAAAAACACUGCACAAGCAGUUUGAGAGCUACAAACAGGAAGUGCGUCGCAUCGGGGCCGAGACGCGGCGCCAGCAGACCCAGCAGAAGGACGACGCGCCCACCUGCGGCAUCUGCCGCAAGACUAAGUUUGCAGAUGGCUGCGGCCACCUCUGCUCCUACUGCCAGAUCAAAUUCUGCGCUCGCUGUGGAGGGCGGGUCUCUCUGCGCUCCAACAAUGAGGACAAAGUGUGUCUCAUAGUGAAGGACAGGGUAAUGUGGGUAUGCAACCAGUGCCGUAAGCAACAGGAGAUUCUCACCAAAUCAGGAGAAUGGUUUUCGGGGUCAGGGGUGCGGCCCGGGAGCCUGGGCACCUCUUUAAACAAUCCAGCCACGGGAGGUGAGGCCCAACGGGACAGGAAGCUACUCCGCUCCAGGUCCCAAGCCCCACCGUCCAGCACCAACGCCAACACAGGGCCACCAGACGGGACACAUCCGCCCGGCGGUGUCACUGCUCUCAAGGGUGCUGACACCAUGCCUGGCUCUCGCUCUCAAAGUGAACCCCCAAGAGAAAAGAAAAGGCCAGUUUCUUUCCAUGAGCAAAACGGUAAGGGAGGCAUGGGACGUGGUUCUGCCCGGAGACCAGCAGACAAGUUGCAUUCACAGUCAUCUCUGGAUGAGCGGGUGGGUCCCGGAGACAGAGGAGAGAGACGGUUAGGAGAUGGAAGGCGGCUGGAAAAGAUCCACUCUCAGGACUACGAGGACGGGGAUGAAAACCUGGGUCGUUCAGAAACACACCGCAGGCGUCCAGAGGAUGAGGAGAAGAGGGAACGGCAGCGGCGUGAGGAGGAGUUUCAGAACCGCUAUCGCAGUGACCCCAACUUGGCAAGAUACCCAGUCAAACCACAGAAGGAGGAGCAGGAGAUGCGCAUGCACGCCAAGGUGUCGAAGGUGCGGCAUGAGCGACGACACAGUGAUCUUGCAAUAAAUGAGGUCGGACUGGGGCCUGGUGAAGGGGGUGGGGGUGGAGGCAGCACAGGAGAGGUGCCGGAAAACCGUCUUGCCAGGAGGGGUGGAGGUGGGGAAGGAGACCGCAAGGCCCUCAUGGAGAAUCACAGGGCUUACUCCGCAGAUAGGACCGUGGGGGUUGUAGGUGGGGCUCCCCCUGCCAGUGGAGGGGGAAGAUCAGGGUCCCAAUUCGGGGGACCUGUGCCUUCAGACUGGGGUCCAAACAACAGUCGCCUGGAUCAUGGACCCCAAGACGGAACGCGGACAUCAAGAGAGAAGGGUGGGGUGGAUAACCUGCUGAGGAAGGACUCUCAGGGCUCGGACCAGUCGGAGUCUUUGCGGCCACCCCCUCCACAGUCAUACAAGGGCAAGCGCGGAGUCAACAAGAGGCAGAUGUCCAUCAGCAGCUCAGAGGAGGAGGGCGGCUCCACGCCCGAGUACACCAGCUGUGAGGACGUGGACAUGGAAAGUGUCAGCGAGAAAGGUGACUGGGACUGUCAUCCUCUAGAUCCUGCAGUUUGGCAUCAUCCAGUUUCGUGGCAGCCAUCCAAAGAGGGUGACCACCUGAUUGGGCGGAUUACUCUGAGCAAGAGGUCAGCCAUGCCCCGUGAGGCAGGCUCUCUCCUGGGACUAAAAGUGGUAGGAGGGAAGAUGACGGAGACAGGGAGACUUGGGGCCUUCAUCACCAAAGUUAAAAAAGGGAGUCUGGCAGAUGUCGUGGGACACCUACGUGCAGGUGAUGAGGUGUUGCAGUGGAACGGGAAGUCGUUGCCAGGAGCAACCAAGAAAGAAGUGUACAACAUCAUUCUCGAGUCCAAGGCUGAGCCUCAAGUGGAGAUUGUUGUUUCGAGACCUAUAGGAGACAUCCCAAGAAUCCCAGAGUCCUCCCACCCUCCUCUAGAAUCUACAGGCUCCAGCUCCUUUGAGUCCCAGAAGAUGGACCGUCCAUCUAUAUCCGUGAUGUCCCCUACUAGUCCCAGCACUCUCAGAGACCUUCCUCUGGUUCUGCCUGGACAGCUCUCUGUGAAGCUGUGGUACGACAAAGUGGGCCAUCAGCUGAUUGUCAACGUCCUUCAAGCCAUAGACCUGCCACCCCGACCAGACGGACGACCUCGAAACCCCUACGUCAAGAUGUACUUCCUGCCUGAUAGGAGUGAUAAGAGUAAACGACGGACUAAAACGGUGAAAAAGAGCGCUGAGCCCAAGUGGAACCAGACCUUUAUUUAUUCCCACGUUCAUCGGCGAGACUUCAGAGAGCGCAUGCUGGAGAUCACAGUGUGGGAUCAGCCUCGAGUCCAGGAGGAGGAGAGUGAAUUCCUGGGCGAGAUCCUCAUAGAGUUGGAGACGGCCUUGCUAGACGACAUUCCUCACUGGUAUAAGCUCCAGACACAUGACGUGUCCUCUAUACCUCUGCCACAGCCCUCUCCAUACCUCCCACGGAGACACGUCCAUGGAGACAGCCCCAGCAAGAAACUACAGAGGUCUCAUCGCAUCAUUGAUACAGAGUUUGAUGAUGGUUUGAUAGUAGUGACUAAAGGCGCAGAGCGUAACUCCAGGGAGAGAGAGCGGGGCAGCACGUUGGCUGUGCCCGAGCAGCAGCGACCCGUCCAGCACCGCUCGCGCUCGGUGUCGCCUCACAGAGAGGACACGUGCAGGGCUCGGUCUCGGCCUGCACACGUGCCCAUGCAAAGGAGUUUGGAUGAGAUCCACCAGAACCGCCACCACUCCCACUCCCCCUCCCAUUACCACGAGCCCCACUUGGAGCACCAACGCUCAGGUGACUCGGACUACGAGUACUCUGAGGACAGUGAGGUCCUGGAGAUGCACAGGUCUAUCCGGGGCGGGAGUGCCGAGUGCCUGCACACAAACAGGAGCAUAGGUAGAUACAGCAACACCCUCCCCCCCAAAAUGCCCCUGUUAGUAAACGGUAUCCAUAAAGACAUUUACAGCUCCACCCUCCCCGCAUGCCUAAAGAGCAAGCCGCCCCACAGGCAGGAGGGGGGCAGCGCCUUGCCUCGUAGCAUCCUCACACACCGUGUGCUCAGGUUCACUGAUGAGGUCACGGUUAGUGACCUGCAGCCGUCGUUGGACAGAGUGAGGAGCGCCAGCACCACGUGUCUGAGACCAGACUUUCACUCUACUGACAGAGACAGGUGUUCCAACUCUUUGCCCCGAACGACUCCCCCAAGCCCCAGGAUCUUAGUAGAACAUGUGGCCCCUGAGGAAGACAGGCAGUCUAACAGUUCUCCAGGUCCAAACUGUCCAAAGGGCAGCAGAAAAAGCCUGGAGGGGGACAGUCGCAUCCAGCCCACCUCUAUCCUGAGGGGCAGUAGAGGGAGAGGAGGCCCUCUGAGGCCCUUUGGCCAGACAGUCCUGUCAGGGUCUUGUCCUAACUCACCACGGCUGGACAGAGCACACCCUUAUGGCAGCCCGACUUCCCCAGCGGGGACUCCCUCAUCAGGUCGCAGGGGCAGGCAGCUCCCUCAGCUCCCCGCUAAAAGCAGCAGUAUAGAGCAAGCCCUCGCAGUGGAGGAGCGAGCCCGACAGCUGCAGAUGAAAGUACAUUCCUACCGGCCUUCAGCCUCCCAUGACCCUGAGACAAACCUCAAGACCAAACGGGAGAUGUAUGCAGAACAGAGGCGCAGCAGCGACAACAUGUCGGCCAGAUCUUCAGACAGCGAUAUGAGCGACGUGUCGGCGAUCUCCCGUGCCAGCAGUGCCUCCCGCCUCAGUAGCACCAGCUACAUGUCUAUCCAAUCAGAACGGCCCGGGGGACGACUCAGUCGGCAGAUGCGAGCGUCCAUGGGCCGCAGCAUGCUGAAGAGUUCCAGCGUGAGCGGAGAGAUCUACACCCAGGAGCGCACAGACGGCAGCCAAUCAGACACGGCGCUGGGCACGGUGGGCAGCGGCAGCAAGAAGAGACGCUCCAGCCUCAGCGCGCGGGUGGUGGCCAUCGUUGGCAACCGUCGCAGCCGCAGCACGUCGCAGAUCAGCGGCCCCGAGGGGAAGAGUAAGAAGGAGAAAGGAGCGUCCAUCCAGAGGAGCACGGAGACCGGCAUGGCCGUGGAGCUGACGAGGAACAUGAGCCGGCAGCCCAGCAGAGAGUCCAACAACGGCAGCAUGAACAGCUGCAACUCUGAGGGGAACUUGAUCUUUUCUGGAGUGAAUCUAGGUGCCAGCAGUCAGUUCAGUGACUUCCUGGAUGGACUCGGACCAGCUCAGUUAGUGGGAAGACAAACACUGGCUACUCCUGCCAUCGGUGAUAUCCAGAUCGGUAUGAUGGAGAAAAAGGGUCAGCUGGAGGUGGAGGUGAUCAGAGCACGAGGACUUGUACAGAAGCCAGGAUCCAAAUCUCUCCCUGCUCCAUAUGUCAAAGUCUAUCUGCUGAAUAAUGGAGCGUACGUAGCCAAAAAGAAAACCAAGAUUGCACGGAAAACACUUGACCCACUGUACCAGCAAGCACUGCUAUUUGAGGAGAGCCCGCAGGGGAAAGUGUUACAGGUGAUUGUAUGGGGAGACUAUGGCCGCAUGGACCAUAAAAGUUUCAUGGGAGUUGCACAAAUCUUAUUGGAGGAGCUGGACUUAUCAAGCACAGUCAUCGGUUGGUACAAGCUGUUCCCACCAUCCUCUCUGGUGGAUCCGACACUUGCCUCCCUGACGCGACGAGCUUCUCAGUCGUCUCUUGACAGCUCGUCCGGACCGCCCGGGGUCCGAUCUUAGUGGACAAACAGCUCUACACCACCGAGAAAAAACUAAAACUAAAACUCGGAGAGAAAUGAAAUACUAACGGCAGAACUGUAGAACAACAACAAUCAGAAACA